UUUCCUAAAAGACCGAACCCUCGCUUACUGAAAUUUACUGGUGAAAUUUUCCCGCUCGGAGCUUUUCUUCUGCCGACGGAUCCACCAGCGGUAAUGGCUUGCGUGGAUUCUUACGACGACGAAGAGUGGGAGCUUUGCAACGACGAUGGCUUCGUAUACAAGCGAAGGAAGCGCCGCCGUGUCGCCGGAGACGAGAACGCCGCCAGGCCGCCUGAUCCAGUGGUGGAUGCAGAAGCGGAGGAGAGGAAUCGGCGGGAGAGGAUGAGGAGAAUUCUGUUGAAGCUGAAGAGCAGGUACCAGAGCGAGAUCGAGCAGUGGGAGAUUUUGUCGAGCAGUUUGAGCGCGAUGCAGGUUAAGGCCGAUCGAUUCCGGACGCAGCAGCGAGAACACCUGGGAAAUGCAGAAACAACGGCGUAUUUUCAGGAGUCAUCUUCGGGUGGAGCUCGAGAAGAAGCAUCGGGGCGUCCGUCUGUGCUCGACGAACUCCUAUUCAUGGCGGAAGCGCAGGAAGCGAUGAUAAGGGACGUUUCGAGGAUGUGUGAAGCGGCGGAAGAAAUGUGUAGAGUGGAAGAAGAAGAGGCGAAGGAGGCCUUGUUUGAUUUACAAAUAUGGGGAUCACCCAGGGAUCUUAUGUCAUCUCUUUGCGCUGACGAAUGAGAGCGGUAACUUUGUAUCCCUCUCCUUCUCUGUCCGAUGCAUUUGCCUCUGUAAUGCACAAAACGUCUUUCUGUGUAUUUAAUUAUCAUAAUACAUAUUUCGGGCACUCGUCAUCCUGUUGUUCUCGUCGAUUCAACUUUGUUCUGAACUGUAUAAUUAUAUGCCAAGUGUUGCACUGUCAGUCUACAUGUAAAUAUAUAUCAUACAUCCCAGAUCAUAUGACAAGUGUCAUUUCGAUU